AUGGCUCCCAUCCUAUCGCCAUUUCUGGACCCAGGAACUCAUGCGACUGCACAUAGUCUCGGCAUCCUUCAACUGCGACGAGACCACCUCAUUCCCGCUGUUCUUGCGCCAGACAGCGACUCUGAAUAUGCAGAGGGCAAGGUCGAGAACACGCGCUUUGGCUCCUAUCCCCACAGCACUCUCGUUGAUCAGCCGUGGGGGACCCAGAUUCUUGCCUCGAUUGUAGAUACAGGAUCGCGUGGGAGGUCGAAGAAGAGAAAACGUGGCGAUGCCCAAGACAGCGACGCGUCAGAAGCACGCGUGGAGAGGCCAGAGGCUCUUAGAAAGGAAAUUGUAAAGGCUGCGGCAGCAAGCAGUGGUUUUGCCCAUCUCGUUCCACCCACACCAGAGACCUGGACACUGUCGCUACCACAUCGCACCCAGGUCGUCUAUACGCCCGACUACAGCUACAUCCUGCAGCGGUUACGUGCAAGGCCGGGUGACCACGUCAUCGAAGCCGGCGCAAGAAGUGGCAGCUUCACGCACGCCGCCGUCCGCGCAAUCUACAACGGCUACCCAGGCACCUCCCCGCCCAAUGGCGACCAAGAACUUGCUGUCGGUAUCGUCCCCAGCCGAAGAAAGCGCACACGGCGUCAAGGUGGCGUAUACAGCUUCGAAUAUCACGAACCCCGCGCAAAGCAAUUGCAGGCCGAAAUCAUCGACCACGGUCUCUCCCCCUUCGUCACAGUGACCCAUCGCGACGUCUACGGCGACGGUUUCCUCCUCGACGAUGCCUCCAGUCCCGACGCCGACAUCAUCUUUCUCGAUCUUCCCGCUCCAUGGCAGGCCCUAAAGCACCUCACACGCUCUCCCCCCACCGCUGAAACCCUCAAUGCGGUAGCCUCCGAAACCGCACCCCCCGGCAAUACCACACCCGCCGUCGCUCCCUCGCCGUCCACAUCCUCCAAACCUUUUUGCUCCCCCCUCAAUCCCCGUAGCGCAACGCGCAUAUGCACAUUCAGCCCUUGUAUCGAGCAAGUUACCAGAACCGUGUCCGCACUCCGCUCAUACGGCUGGCUCUCAAUCGACAUGGUGGAAGUCCAAGCCAAGCGCCUCGAAGUACGUCGCGAGCGCGUCGGCCUGGCCGAAGAAGGCGUAAGGGGAGGAAACGCAACGGCAGCAAGUGUGGACGAAGCCGUACAGCGGCUACGAGAGGUCGAGGGCAGAGCGGCCGUGUUUCAUAGUCUGCAAAAGGAGAAGCAGGAAGAGAUUAUGCGUGCGGCGGAGGCGAAGAAAAGAGGGGAGGCGGUGGAGGCGGUGUCUGCGGACGGCGCAAAUGGGGCCAAGGGUGGGAAGAAGGGCGGGAAGAAGGUGGAUGCUGGUGUGGCGCCGCAGAGUAAGCAGGAAAGGGUCGAGCAGACGAAGAAAGAGACCGAGGGACGAGCGUUGUUCAAAGAGGGCAGGCUGGUGCAUAGGACGGAGCCGGAGUUGAAGACGCAUACCAGUUAUCUCGUCUUCGCCGUGUUGCCACGAGAAUGGAGAGAGGCAGAUGAAGAGAAGGCCAAGAGAAAAUGGACCACGGAGCAGAAGAAGUAA